AGUUGCGCGCCGGCAGCCUUUCAGACCGGAUGUAGUUGUGGCUGAGGUCAGUUCCGGCGGGUGACGGUGCCGACGGGUCAGGAGCGUAGAGGCGGCGGCAAAAUGGCGGCGCCUGAGGAGCGGGAUCUAACCCAGGAGCAGACAGAGAAGCUGCUGCAGUUUCAGGAUCUUACUGGCAUAGAAUCUAUGGAUCAGUGUCGCCAUACCUUGGAACAGCAUAACUGGAACAUAGAGGCUGCUGUACAGGACAGAUUGAAUGAGCAAGAGGGUGUACCUAGUGUUUUCAACCCCCCUCCAUCACGACCCCUGCAGGUUAAUACAGCUGACCACAGGAUCUACAGCUAUGUUGUCUCAAGACCUCAGCCAAGGGGGCUGCUUGGAUGGGGUUAUUACUUGAUAAUGCUUCCAUUCCGGUUUACCUAUUACACGAUACUUGAUAUAUUUAGGUUUGCUCUUCGUUUUAUACGGCCUGACCCUCGCAGCCGGGUCACUGACCCUGUUGGGGACAUUGUUUCAUUUAUGCACUCUUUUGAAGAGAAAUAUGGGAGGGCACACCCUGUCUUCUACCAGGGAACGUACAGCCAGGCACUUAAUGAUGCCAAACGGGAGCUUCGCUUUCUUUUGGUUUAUCUUCAUGGAGAUGAUCACCAGGACUCUGAUGAGUUUUGUCGCAACACACUCUGUGCACCUGAGGUUAUUUCACUAAUAAAUACUAGGAUGCUCUUCUGGGCAUGCUCUACAAACAAACCUGAGGGAUACAGGGUCUCACAGGCUUUACGAGAGAACACCUAUCCAUUCCUGGCCAUGAUUAUGCUGAAGGACCGAAGGAUGACUGUGGUGGGACGGCUAGAAGGCCUCAUUCAACCUGAUGACCUCAUUAAUCAACUGACAUUUAUCAUGGAUGCUAACCAGACUUACCUGGUGUCAGAACGCCUAGAAAGGGAAGAAAGAAACCAGACCCAGGUGCUGAGACAACAGCAGGAUGAGGCCUACCUGGCCUCUCUCAGGGCCGAUCAGGAAAAAGAAAGAAAGAAACGGGAGGAGCGGGAGCGUAAGCGGCGGAAGGAGGAAGAGGUGCAACAGCAAAAAUUGGCAGAGGAGAGACGGCGGCGGAAUUUACAAGAGGAAAAGGAAAGGAAGUUGGAAUGCCUGCCCCCUGAACCUUCCCCUGAUGACCCUGAAAGUGUCAAGAUCAUCUUCAAAUUACCCAAUGAUUCUCGAGUAGAGAGACGAUUCCACUUUUCACAGUCUCUAACAGUAAUCCAUGACUUCUUAUUUUCCUUGAAGGAAAGCCCUGAAAAGUUUCAGAUUGAAGCCAAUUUUCCCAGGCGAGUGCUGCCCUGCAUCCCUUCAGAGGAGUGGCCCAAUCCCCCUACGCUACAGGAGGCCGGACUCAGCCACACAGAAGUUCUUUUUGUUCAGGACCUAACUGACGAAUGACAUUUUUUCUUCUUCUCCCCUCCUACCCCAGUCCCUAAAAGAUAUGGGGAAAAAAGAAAAAAAACAGCAACAACAAAACAGAAAAAAAACAAACAGAAAAAAAAGAGAGAGAAAUUCCUAUUAUUAUUAUAAUACAAUAUUUUUUUUAAAAAACUGCUGCAUCCUUAGGAAGGAUCAGAAACCAUGCUGCCCACAAGAGUCACAACCUGUGUGUGCGCGCGCAAGGUUAACAAUGAAAGUGCCCACUCAGCAAGUCCACCCUUCCUAUGGCCUCUGCACACGCAUCUUCCAGGAAACAGACUCUCUUCACCUUCAGCCCAUCCAUUGUCCCAUCUGGGAAGGGGACAUUCCCACUAGUUCUCAUUCAUUCUUGCUUUUAUGGAAAAUAAAAGUGAAAAAUCUCCAUCAACCAGCUACUUGCAGCAUCUCCUGAGGACUUGCUUCUCCUACCUCUGGGGAAGAGAGGGAAGAGAAAGCACAGAGCAGAGAAGCAGAGAUGUUCCUUGAACUGCCCGUAAUUUUUCAAUAGCUUUGUUUCUGUUUUGUAAUGACCAAAGGAAUGAGGCUGACAUAGGUGUAUUUUUUUUUCUCUAUUCGAUAAAGAGCCAAUUCUUUAAACCCAUGAGUUUAUGCCCCAGGCUCCUUUAGCCCACAAUAGUGUAAUAAAAGUGCCCCGGGCUGGUUUGUGCUUA